CCACAUAAUUGGUUUUGUUAAUCAAACCAAGGAAGCCUCUCGUGUAAAGUCAGAUGGCGUAAAUAAUUGACCUGAAAAGUGAUAUUAAUUCAUAACAUGAAUUGCAGAAGAAUGAGGUCUGUGUGAAGGAAGCUUCACAAUAAGUUCUUGCUACACAGGCUUCUGGAGUUCUUCUAACAGUUCCUCUGCACAGUGACCCUAGGGUGUUAAUAAACUCCACCGGCCCCCAAGACGCUCUUGAUAUAAAAGAAACCUCCCUCUAUAAAGGAAGACCAAAACCUGGGUCCCUUGAUCAGCCUCCUUGAACCUGAACUCAUCAGUAAGAUAUACAUCACAAAUAAAUUAGAUAAUAUAGUUCAUGAUCUGCUUAUCUUUAGUUAAAAGUCCAACUAACUAUGACAUGACCAUAUUGAUUUAGUAUCUGUUUGAAUUCCUUCUCGAGUUCAUUAAAAGAUGUAGAUCUAGUCAAGAAGCUAAUCCCAUAUCAUUAAACUUCAUCAAGCUCCCCAGCCAAUCAAACAAAAACAAAAUCAAGAUUCAAACUAGGAUUUGGCAUGAAAUCACAGACAAAGCAGCCAACAGACUGUUCUUUUGAACAAAUUAAUGGGCAAUUACCCAUGCCACUUUACUUGAAAUAAUUUCUGGCAAUAAAUUACUCAUUGGCCAUGGUGCAAUUUAGUAAUCAACUAGUUUUCCUUUUCCAAAUAAAAUAUGGCAAACAACCACACAUACGUGUAUAAAUUAAAUAUACACUACACGUCCAAUUGAAUAUUGGCAAAAAAUAUCUUUUCAGAUCUUCUAAUCUGUAUUUUGUGUAAUUAAUGGACAUCAGCUCCUCCAAACGAGACAGCCUCAGUGGAACCACGUUAUUAGCAUCUUGAUUGCACCACCAAGUGAUGCGACAAUUCUUAGUAGUUAGGGAAGAGGCAACCUGUAAUUGAACCCCAUAUGAAGGCAAAGCCACAUAAUUUAUUCAUUUAGAUGACUAAUUAUUAGAGCCUUUGUUUGCCAAAUGCAUAGCAAUUUACCAAAUUCCAAGGGAUACCCACAUGACCACAUUUUCGCUUCUUGAUACCUCUUUGUUUAUAUAAAUGACCUUUCUUUGUACCUAUUGUUCAUCCCAGCAUUCAGCUUUUCUCACAACAUAGAAACACUAAAAACAUGGCUACUACUUCUUGCCAUAUUAGGUCAAUCAGUUUACCCACUAGACCACACAAUCAGAGAGUGGAAGAGAUUCUCAACAAGCUCAAGGUGCUGGAAGUAUCUACUGCAUCAACAGCAGAGACUAUUUGCAGUCGUCUACUUGUUUUGGAAGACCUACACAAAUGUGUUGAUGAUCAUCUUAACUUGACUCACCUCUCCCAACAUGGGAAAUGGUUUGAAGAUUUAUCGGAACAAUCCAUGAGAAUUCUUGAUGUUUGUGGCACGAUAAGGGAAUUAGUGUCACAAUGUAAGGAACAUGUAAGAGAUGUAGCAUCAUCUGUCAGAAGGAGAAAGCAAGAUAACAUAGUCAGAUUCGCCUCCUUCAGAAAAAAGAUGAAGAAGGACGCUAAAAGAUUAGUCUUGUCCUUAAAGCAAAUGAAUGAGGAGACUGAAGGAUCACUGUUCCUAGAUGCAGCGCCGGAAAUAGCAUUUUUUAUUAGAGCAAUGAGAAAAGUCAGUGCAUCAUGCAUUCCAAUUUUCCAAAUGCUCUUGUCUUUCAUGUAUGUGCCACUCUUGAAGACUAAGUCAUCUAAAUGGUCACUGGUUUCAAGAUUGGUGUAUAAGGGAAGAGUAUCCUGUGAAGUCCAAGAACCAAACAUGAACAUGGAAGCUUUUGAGUCUCAACUUCAUAGUAUUGAGAAAGGAUUGGAAAGAGUAUAUAGAUGCCUGAUUAGAUCAAGGAGCUCCCUACUAAAUACAGUUUCCUUCUAAACAGUAUAGUUGACCAAAUU